AUGGGCAGUCGGACCACCUCUGUCAAAUUACCAACACUCGACCUUUCCAAGCCCCCGCUUUUGAGGGGACGUGGACGCAGUGGAAGCAUCGUCAAGGUCGAGCAAGUCGGCGACCGUUCCGCAGAAGACGCCCUCGACCAGAGCCUCUUCGUGAAUAUCAACGCCAAUUGGGUCAAUGCCAAGGGUGCAUGGCUCAUCCACGUCGUUCUCAUUUGUGCAGGCAAGGUCUUGAUUGAUACUAUGCCUGGCAUGUCCCAGCAAGUCAGCUGGACUCUAGUCAAUCUUUUGUAUCUGGCUCUAUCAUAUCUAAUGUUCCACUGGGUCACCGGCAUGCCAUUCGAAGGGGACUUGCGUGGAGGGGCAUACGAUGACCUAACGUUAUGGGAGCAAAUCGAUGAUGGCGCUCAAUAUACUCCCGCCAAGAAAUGGCUGUUCUCAGUGCCAGUCGUGUUAUUUCUUGCGUCAACACAUUACACUAGUUAUAACCCAUGGCUGUUCGCCGUCAAUCUUACUGCCCUCAUCUUUGUCUUGAUUCCCAAAUUACCUCAGCUGCACCGUCAGCGCGUACGUUUCAUGGCUGACGCAUCCGGCAUCGCCACCCCUGUAACACCGAGUUUUCCUCCUUCUGGAACGCAGACACCAAUAGACCAUGCUGCACGACUGUCUGAUAUCACGGAUGCUCACUUUGGGUAACAAUGCCGUCCGUUACGAAUAACGUACCUAUUGCAUUCUCUUGAGCAUCUUUUCGCAUUGGAAGGGCAUCGCUUCCGCUCUGUAUAAAUACUCUCGUCUCCAAUCCUUAGAAUAUGGGAAUGUUAACCCAGAAAUUUCAUCAUACACUGUCCUGUCUUUAUGGAUAUAUAAUCGUACUCGUUGUCACCACUUCCUCCUCCGAGCUUCCUCUAUUGGGAUGAUACAGUUUUGUAAUGUUGAAGU